ACAAAGUAUAGUCAGGACAUUACUGAUGUAAAAAACAACACCAUCACUAUUUGAAAAAAGUCAUUUUUGAUCAAAUCUAGACUUCAUCACUCCAACACCUUAUCCUUGAGUAAUCAUGCUAAAUUGCUAAUUUGGUACUAGAAAAUCACUUGCCAUUAUAUCAAACACAGUUGAAAGCUAUUUGGUUCAUUAAAUUAAUCUUAACAUUGUCUUUGUGUUUGUUUUUGAGUUGCCACAGUAUGCAAUAGACUGGCAUGUCUUAAGGUCAAUAUUAGGGCAAAAAUGGCAAAAAAGAAACUGCGUUCUCUAGAAACUCAUCAGUCAAUUAUUGUUUUGAGUAAUGAAGGCAAUACAAUGCUUUGAAUUGGCAAAAAAAAUGAAGAUUUCAUACAAAGGUGUACACUACAGUCUGCAAAGAUAAAGGACAACUGGCUCUAACAAGGAUAGAAAGAGACGUGGAAGGCCAGAUGUACAACUAAACAAGAGGAUAAGUACAUCAGAGUCUCUAGUUUGAGAAAUAGACGCCUCACAUGUCCUCAGCUGACAGCUUCAUUGAAUUCUACCCGCUCAACACCAGUUUCAUGUACAACAGUAAAGAGAAGACUCAGGGGUGCAGGCCUUAUGGGAGGAAUUGCAAAGAAAAAGCCACUUUUGAAACAGAAAAACAAAAAGAAAAGGUUAGAGUGGGCAAAGAAACACAGACAUUGAACAACAGAUAAUUGGAAAAGAGUGUUAUGGAUCUUAACCCCAUUGAGCUUUUGUGGGAUCAGUUAGACUGUAAGGUGCGUGAGAAGUGCCCGACAAGACAGCAACAUCUAUGGCAAGUGCUACAGGAAGUGUGGGGUGAAAUGUCUCCUGAGUAUCUGGACAAACUGACAGCUGGAAUGCCAAGAAUCUGUAAAGCUGUCAUUGCUGCAUAUGGAGGAUUUUGUUGAUGAGAACUCUUUGAAGUAGUUUAAGAAGUUCUGAACAUUUUUUUCAAAUUGUAAUAGUAAUUUUUCAUGUUAUUAAUGUCCUGACUAUACAUUGUGAUCAGUUGAAUGCCACUUUGGUGAAUAAAAGUACCAAUUACUUUCCAUAAGAGCAAAAUCUGUACAUUAUUCCAAACUUUUGGCCGCCAGUGUAAAUACAAUACAAUAAUAAAUCCUUACUCUGUUUUAAAUAAAGAAAUCUAAACCAACAUGAAAUGUGAUGGCUUAUUUAAUUAACUCAUUUAUUACUUUAUAAAAUUCCACUUAUUACAACAAAACUUGUGUAUCUUUAAUUAUACAUUGUCAUAUGAACAACCAGUCAGUAACUGCACUGCUUGAUUUAAUAGAGACACAGGUCAUCAUUAAAUAAACAGAAACAGUUCCAGAGACAGUUUAGACUGUGUUUUGUAGCCUAAUGUUGUACUUCAGGCUUGUGAGACUUCAACAGUUCUUAAUUAAUUUCAAGUUGGACAUUCAUAACUUGCACAUCAUUACAAGAUUUCUUGUAUACUGGAAGCGCUGUAUGUUUCGUGCUCUAGAAUCAAAAGAACCGGCUCCUUUGAAUAAUUAUUUUGGGAAUCGAACUGUACCGGAAGUGCAUAUGUUUCGUGCUGUAAAAAGAGCUGGCUCGAGACUUGUUCGAUUGGGAAUUCUUGGAAUUAAAUGCACAGGUAGAACAGUGUUUUAUGCUGUAGAGUCAGUAGAGGGCAGCGCUGCUGCAGAGAUGUGCUGCUGGAAACACUGUCAGAGUAUUUGAGGACAGUGUUCCAGCUACAUCGGCAGAAAAUUGCACGCUGGAGUACCGUUAAUGGAACCAAAAGUCACGAAGAUCAUACGAUUCCAGUAUUUUCACGGUUCCCAACCCUACUAAUCAGCCAAUCGUGUGGCAGCAGUGCAGUGCAUAAAAUCAUUCAGAUACGGGUCAGGAGCUUCAGUUAAUGUUCACAUCAGCCAUUACAAUGGGGAAAUUUUUUAUCUCAGUGAUUUGGAGCGUGGCAUGAUUGUUGGUGCCAGAUUGGCUGGUUUGAGUAUUUCUGUAACUGCUAUAGGAAAAAAGGUCGGGAACCACUGAUCUAUAACCUCUAUAAAAAGUUAUAAGUUAACACCUAAUUUAUGUGACUAAAUUAUUCUAACAGUGUGACUGAGUUGGAGCUCCUUUUAUCAGGUGAUUGUUGAUUCAAAUGAGUCAUCUCUUGGAAUUUCUGAAGGCAAACAAAAUCAGUUAUAUUUUCUUACACUCAAAAAAAAUAUUGUAUUUUUUAGGAUUUACGCAUUUCUGUUUCAUCUGUUUAUAAAAAAUAAAAUUUUUUUUUUUUUAAAAAAAGUGUAUUUUGCAUUUGCCCUUUAUGAAAAUGUAUAUUUAUUUAUUUAUUUAUUUAUUUAUUUAUUUUUAUAGUUUAUCAGUGGUAUUUGUAACAAGACCAUAGUAUGUACAUGGAAGCAUGGAUCUUCUUUACUACCAUGGUUAGAUGUAACAUGAUUUCUGUAAAACAAAUCAUGACUACUCUAAACACAUGCAAAAACAAUAAAUACAAAAUAUAAGCAUUUAAAAGUUGAAACAAAAAUGUAUUAUAUUCCCUCACUCCCCUAAUGUAGCCUAUAUCAAAUUUAAUAGGCUAAUUUGCUCUCAGUGCCCCCUGGCAUCCUUUGAACGCCCACUGGGAGGUGGUACCGUGGUCUAGAUAGGACAACUUCACAUGGCUGGAUGACAUCAUGCAUCAUCACUUGGCUCGUGGACUGCGCACAUUAUAUUGCAUCAUGCACAAUCUUUGCAUCAUCUAUCUGUUUAUACUGCUAAUAUGCAAAGCAUCUCUGCAGGUGACAGUUGUGGGUUUUACUGGAGACUCCAUUGUUCUGCCGUGUUCUUCCAGUAACAAUGACCUUAAAAGAGAAGAAAUAACAGUGUAUUGGAGACACAACAGCAGCAGAAAUGUGUAUAACAUAAUCAACGGCAAAGAUUCAAUAGAAGGCCAGAACACGGCCUACAAGAACAGAGUUGAAACUUUUCCUGAGGAAUAUGUGAAAGGAAACUUCUCCCUCAAACUCAACAAUCUUCAAUACACUGAUGGAGGAAAGUACAUCUGUUAUAUCACAAAGGCGCUGCAGAAUCCGACCGUAGAGCUUCUUAUUAAAGUUGUUUUUGUCUUUCAGGCAAACAAGCAGGAGACAAGAGAAACCAUGCAGCGGAAACAAGACCAGAACGGAUUGUGUCUUUUUUCAUUUCUUUUUUCUCUGUUUAUUUUCUGCUAUGUGUGUGAAAGCCAUGAAAUCUCCACUGGUUAAUCAGAUCAGAUUUGCUUCAAGAAAUUAGCGCAAGCUUAUGAGACGUUAUUUAAACCUACCUCACACGUGCUCGAAAUGCGCGUUCAUUAAUUACAUGCAUUUUCAUGAGAUCAGUUAUAAUACCUCUCCUUGGGCCUCAUUCACUAACUGUGUGUACACACUGAAAUCAUGAUUCAUUAAUAGGUUAGUAUUUAAAUCUAUUCUUAUUUUGCGAAUAGAAUUUAGAACCAACUAAGACACUGGGUCGAGGGUGUAGCAAGGGCUGUUAAUUAACCUUAAAAAAAAAAAACAAUGAAUCCAUAAAUUCAGAUCUUUGCAUAGUUGGGCAAAAGACAUUACUGACAUUUUCCACUGUAAAAAUUACCCCAAAGUUUUCCAAAUAUUUCUUCUAGUUGACAGCGCAUAAAAGAUGUAGACACACGACUCAUGUUCACAAGGAUGGAGUUAGUAGUAGUAGAAAUAUAUAUAUAAAUAUAUAUAUAUUUUAAAUAGUUAGGGCUGUCAGUCGAUUUUUAAUGAAUUGAUUGUUUUAAUUAAAUACAUGAUUUAUUGAUCAAAUUAAUCUCAUUUUUUCGCAUAUAUCAAUGCGCUGAGAAAGGCCCCCAAAUAAAGAAUUACAUUUUUAAUAAUUACAAUUAUUAUAAAAGUAACAUAUAAUUCAGAUCAUUCAAAUACAUUACAUUAUUGUUGCAGACAAGUAAAGGAUUGAUUUGACGAGGCAAAAAGUGGCUUGAGAAGUCAAAUUAUUGUUAGUUUUAUUUCCAUUGAACAGAAGCCUUUCAUUGGCCUUCUCUAGACAGCAGUCAGUUUUCUGUUGAGUUUGUCAGUCUCUGUCAGGACGUGUUCCAUGUGUGCUAUUUUUAAUUGAUGGCCUAUGUUCACUGUGUACUGUCUUUGAGAGCGUCACCUGUGAAAGGCUGUGCUGACUGCCCCUUGCUGACUGUGGAUUCGCAAAAACAUCAAGGCAUUACUUCAAGCUUGAAUUACUCCAAUGGUUGGAAAAUUCUUUAUUGUGGAUUAUAAUAAUAAUAAUAAUAUAAAAUAACAAGUAUCGAAUAAUAAAAAGGAUGAAUGGACAGAAAGAAUUUACUGUUUGGGGCUAAGGAAAAGGGAAUUGUUUUUAACAGAAUAGAAUAGCUCCGUUAUUGUAAUGCUUUUUAGUGUUACUUUUGCUCUUCCACCUACUAUAAGGUUAUAUUACUAUUAUUAAUUAAUAGCUGGGACACGCUCCUUUAUUUAAAAUAAUCUGUAUUUGUGAUCAUUAGAACAAGGGUAAAUGCAAAUUUACUGUAUGUAUGUACGUGCUUCAAAAUUUUGUCUUAGGACUUAUCGGAAAUAUGCAACUAUGCAUUUAUUAGUGAAUGAGACCCUUUUUGUUGCACCAUUAGCUACUGUAUGGAUCAAAAUCAUGCUUGCAUACACACAGCCAUUGGAUCUGCAUCCUUAUGCAUAAACUCACUGAUGCAAAUCUAUAUUCUUUCCAGUUCUCUAUGAUCUGAAACUUAGCUCUGACUGGUGGAACAAUCACAAAAAAUCAAUCUAUUGUAGAGCCUCCACACUCACUGCCGUAUGGGGGCAGAAAGUAACAAAAUUAAAUGUUGGAAAUCAAGUCCAUAAAAUGUGCAAGCAAUGAGAAUGCACUAGCUGAAUACAGAAUUGACGAAAAGCAUGCCAAUUAAAAAGUGCAUGUGAGUGCAUUUAAAAAAUAAUUGAUGCACGUGAUUUAGAAAUAAAAUAUUGAUAAUCUUUUGAGUUGAUACAACCAAAAAUCCAUUGAUAUAUAAACCCUUUGGUUUCAAUAAUCAAGGUUGGUUUAUAACUAGAAAAGGAAUGUUCGAUGCUUUCUUGACGAAGCCUUGACUGAAAUGGUAAAGCUUAAUGACUGAAAUAUAAAGCUUAAAAAGCAUUUAUGUUCAUAGGUUGUAGAGGCCUUUGCAGGGGUGCAACUGCUGUCCGAAUGCCCCCCUGAUUGAUUCCUUGCCCCCUUUUUGUGGCGUACCUACUGUAUGUUUUGCUACAGUUUAUGCACCUCUAGAAUGCUUUACAUUAAAGAUACAGAAGAUAGAUAGAUAGAUAGAUUUAUGUAUUAUUUAUUAAGUAGUAUUUCUAAUUCAUAUGUAUUACUAUUAUUUAUCAAAUUUAAAUUAUUUGAUGUAUUUACUUAUUGUUAUUGUAUUGUUAGUUUACUGAAGUUAAGUCUCAUUGUAUAGGCCUACAGUCACAUUAACAGUUAAAUUGUAUUAAGUGUAAUUUUCAGAUUGAUUAUCUGAAAAUGCAAUAUAAACAUAAUAAAUUAUGGAAAUGCAUUUAUAUGGUACUGUACACGUGUUAUUCAUUAUAGGCCAGGCUUAAAAUGCAACACUUAAUUUUAUACAAUAUGUUUCAAGGGGCCCCUUAUCUGUCUCUCUAUCCACCAAAGGGUCCUUGGUCUUAAAAAGGUUGAAGACCCCUGACCUAAUUCAUUAAAGUGAAAACUGAAAUUGAA